AUGAGGGUAAACUUUUUCAUCUUUAUUUUCAUAACUUUGCUCACUUACAAUCCCAUAUUUUCAUAUAGAAGAUUAACGGACUUAAAUAGCUUGAAAAGCAUACCGCAAAGUUUAAAGCCAAUAAAACCAACAAGAUUUCAACAAAGGAGAGCACACAUUGAAGUCACCACAGCUGAAAAAAUGAAAGUUGAUAUAGGUGAUUGGCUUAUUAAUAUAACAUACAAAAUACCAAGUAAUAAUACAGAAAAAAUCAAAAGUAUCGAUAUAUACUCAAUGACCUUCCCCAAUACGGAGUUGGAAGAAUUUAAAGAGUAUCUGUUAGAAGAUUAA